AUGGGGCAGCAGUUCAGCUGGGAGGCGGUGCAGACGGAGGGUGAGAUGGACGUGGCAGAGCUCCAGGAGUGGUACAAGAAGUUCGUGGUGGAGUGUCCCAGCGGCACACUCUUCAUGCACGAGUUUAAGCGUUUCUUCAAGGUCACAGGCAACGAGGAGGCCACCCAGUAUGUAGAGGGCAUGUUCCGAGCCUUCGACAAGAACGGGGACAACACUAUCGACUUCCUGGAGUAUGUGGCAGCCCUGAACCUGGUGCUGAGGGGCACCCUGGAGCACAAGCUGAAGUGGACCUUCAAGAUCUACGACAAGGACCGCAAUGGCUGUAUCGACCGCCUGGAGCUGCUUGACAUCGUGGAGGCGAUUUACAAGCUGAAGAAAGCCUGCAGGGUGGAGCUGGACGCUGAGCAGCAAGGCCAGCUGCUCACACCAGAGGAGGUCGUGGACAGGAUCUUCCUUCUGGUGGAUGAGAACGGAGAUGGCCAGCUGUCUCUGAAUGAGUUCAUUGAAGGGGCCCGUCGUGACAAGUGGGUGAUGAAGAUGCUGCAGAUGGAUGUGAAUCCCGGUGGCUGGAUUUCUCAGCAGAGGCGGAAAAGUGCCAUGUUCUGA